CCUUUCCUGCGCAUGCGCAUCACGUCUCCCCCAACGCAGCGUGGCGUCCGCGGCUGAGGGAGGCUCGUCGUCGGCUCCGCUUCGGGUGGAGGCCUUGCGUGGUGCGGGCGCGAUGGGCCGCAGGCAGCGCCACAGGCGGCAGCCGCAGCCGAAUACCCGAGAGAAGGGCCCUGGGGUGAGUCAGGGCCUGGGCCUGGCUGAGGCCUCGUUGCACACGUGUCUCGCCCUACACGUGUCUCUCUCCACGCGUGUCUCGCCCUACACGUGUCUCAUUGCGCCCGUGUCUCGCUCUACACGUGUCUCUCUCCACGCGUGUCUCGCCCUACACGUGUCUCAUUGCGCCCGUGUCUCGCUCUACACGUGUCUCUCUCCACGCGUGUCUCGCUCUCCACGUGUCUCGCCCUACACGUGUCUCACUGUGCCCGUGUCUCGCCCUCCACGUGUCUCACUGUGCCCGUGUCUCGCUCUACACGUGUCUCUCUCCACGCGUGUCUCGCUCUCCACGUGCCUCGCUCUACACGUGUCUCGUUGUGCCCGUGUCUCGCUCUACACGUUGCUCCUUGUACACGUGUCUCGUUGUACACGUGUCUCCUACGCAUGCCUUUUGCCGGCGGGUGGGGGGGGGUAGGGUUCCCGUGACAGAAUGUCUUCUUGCACAUCGGGAUGGGCUUGGGGCUUAUUGAUUUAUUGAACCAAUUUAUUCAUUUAUUUGGCAUAAGAUCUCAGGACAGUUCACAGAAUGAAAUACAAAGUCAAAAACUUAGUAAAACAGCAAAGCAGUAACCCUCCCUUCCCACAGACACAUUAAAAAAAGUGUAGAAUAUUAAUCAGCCCAAGACCUGGUUGAAGAGGAACGUUUUCUCCUGAUCCCUAAAAAUAUAUAAUGAAGAUGCCAGGCGAAUUUCCCUGGAGAGAGCAUCCCACAAAUGGGGAGCCACCACAGAGGAAUCUCAUUCUCAAUUUUUAUGUUACCAUCCUCCUCCAGACCUUACAUGGAGGAGGCUCAUUUAGAAGGAAUGGUACUUACUGGAAAUGGAAGGAGAUAGCGCAUGUCGGGUGGGUAAAGAAGGGCUGGCCUCCUUAAUGUGCUAGAUUUUUGUUUGCAGGGAGUUCUAUUAUUACUAUUAUUGUUGUUAUUUAUUAAAUUUGUAUUCUACCCUUCCUCCAAAGAACUUGGUAGUUCACAGUGCACAAUAAAACCACAAAGCCCAUUCACAUUCUCUGUUGGCUGGGACGGGACGACAUGGGAUUGGGGGGGCAACUCCCAUCUCUUGCGGGGGUGCAAUUAGUGCCAGCACCGUCCGUUAAGAGUUUGGGUGUAAUCUUCGAUACCUCCCUCUCUAUGGAGGCGCAGAUUACAGCUAUAACAAAGGCGGCAUUUUUCAUCUCCGCCAAGCUAAGCAGUUGGCCCCUUAUCUCUCUCGCCCUGACCUAGCCACUGUGAUCCACGCGACAGUCACCUCCAGACUGGAUUAUUGUAACUCGCUCUACGUGGGGCUGCCCUUGAGACUGACCCAGAAACUCCAGCGGGUGCAGAAUGCCGCAGCAAGACUCCUUAUGGGGUCUUCGCUGCGAGAUCACAUUCAUCCGGUACUAUACCAGCUGCACUGGCUCCCGGUGGAGUACAGGAUCAGGUUUAAGGUGCUGGUCUUAACCUUUAAAGCCCUAUACGGCCUAGGACCCUCGUACCUACGGGACCGCCUCUCCUGGUAUGCCCCACAGAGGAACCUACGGUCUGCAAAUAAAAACAUCCUGAAGGUCCCAGGCCUCAGAGAGGUUAGGCUGGCCUCAACUAGAGCCAGGGCUUUCUCGGCUGCGGCUCCAAUCUGGUGGAACGCUCUGUCACAAGAGACUAGGGCCCUGCGGGACCUGACAUCUUUCCGCAAGGCCUGCAAGACAGAGUUGUUCCACCAGGCCUUUGGUCAGGGCCCAGCCUGACUCCCUCCUCUGGCAACCUGCACAGAACUUUGCUUAACGGUUGCCAUUAAAUUGAUUUUAAUUAAUUUUUAUAAUGAAAUGUUUUAGAAUGUUGGAUUAUUUGAUUGUUUGAUUAUUUGUUUGUUGUUAGCCGCCCUGAGCCUGGCUUUGGCUGGGGAGGGCGGGAUAUAAAUAAAAUUUAUUAUUAUUAUUAUUAUUAUUAUUGGCGUAUGUCCGCACCUGCAAUUCUGAAGACACAGAAUAAGGGAUUUGCUGACUCUUUCCUCCUCUGAUAACUUUUCACACCCACUCAUUUUCAGUGCUGGCCUGAAAGCUGCUACCCGGAGAUUGUGAAGGAGAAUGAGCUUUUCGAGCUCUACUAUGGCAAGCAGGGCAUCGUGCCUCAUGGGGAGUGGGAGAGCUUCAUGGCGGCCCUGCGGGAGCCACUCCCUGCCACACUCCGCAUCACAGGGUACAAGAGGUGAGCAAAAUUUGGUCGCUGGUGCAUAGAGAAUGGGGUGGGUCCAAAUUUUACAUGUUUUCUAAUAUUUGGUUAUGUGUGCAUAAAAUUUCUUUUCUAUCCAGUGAUCUUAAAAGUGAUGAAAGCAACCUGCUCAUAGUGUGGUCCCUGUAGCUAUUAUCCCCAUACAGUGGUACCUCGGGUUAAGUACUUAAUUUGUUCCGGAGGUCCGUUCUUAACCUGAAACUGUUCUUAACCUGAAGCACCACUUUAGCUAAUGGGGCCUCCUGCUGCUGCCGCGCCGCCGGAGCACUAUUUCUGUUCUCAUCCUGAAGCAAAGUUCUUAACCCGAGGUACUAUUUCUGGGUUAGCGGAGUCUGUAACCUGAAGCGUAUGUAACCUGAAGCGUAUGUAACCUGAGGUACCACUGUAUUCUAAAGUGGAGGGAAGAGUCAAGGUGGGAGAGUUCCUAACCUGGUGAGGAACUCAUAGUGAGUUCAUUGUCAAGAUUUCAAACCAGGGACUUUCUGAAUUACAUAGUUCACACUGCAGUCUUAAUCCUUCGUGAGGAUGGAGAGCAGCACUUGAUACAGCAGAACAGCUAGCAUUGCAUUCACAGCCCUGAAAUUUAUGCCAUGAGGCUGGUGCAGUGAAGAGUCCCAGAUUGGGCCUGCUGCAGUCAUGUGACAGCAGAAUGCCCCAUCCCUGAGAGACCCAAUUUCUGGGGUUUCCACUCGUGGGGAUGCUGCUAUCUGUAUCUUCCACCUCCUGUUUUGGGUUUCACAUCAGAGUGCCCCCCCCCCGUGUGUCUUCUCCAUCAGGGAAGUUCAGCAGAGUCUGUUCCAUCCAGACCUCAGCGCAGUGGAUUAGGAGCUGGGAUUGCUCUGCUUGUCUCUUAGCCAGUACUCCUUUUAUGUACAGUGGUGCCUCGCAACACGAAAUUAAUCCGUUCCGCGAGUGUCUUCGUCUAGCGGUUUUUUCGUCUUGCGAAGCAACCCUAUUAGCGGCUUAGCGGAUUAGUGCUAUUAGCGGUUUAGCGGCUAUUAAAGGCUUAGCGGAUUAGCGGCUUAGCUGCUAAAAGGCUAUUAAAGGCUUAGCAGCUUAGAAAAAGGGGGAGCGAAACAAAUCUCAAGACUCGCAAGACAUUUUCGUCUUGCGAAGCAAGCCCAUAGGGAAAUUCGUCCUGCAAAGCAACUCAAAAACGGAAAACCCUUUCGUCUAGCGGGUUUUCCGUCUUGCAAGGCAUUCGUCUUGCGGGGCACCACUGUAUUGGGGGGAGGGAGGGGGAAUCCAGUUUCCCCUUUGAGAGGAAACGUGCUCCCUUCCAAUAAGCAUACAUAUAAGUUUGAAAGCUUAGAAUUGAAGAAUGCAACUGACAUAAGUUUUCUUAAUAAAGAAGGAAGCCCUGUAGUAAGGGAGGACUGUGUUCCUGGUUCCUUCACAAUUGAAGCUUCUUAUGAAAUUAAACACAAUUAUUUUUUGCCCACUGACAAAUUUCUACAACGGUGUGCAAAAUCUUAAAAGUUGCGGUUGGUUGAUGGAAAUGGAACGUAAGAGCCCUGCUGAAUCAAACCAAAGCCUGUGGUGUAUGCAGUUAUUUUUUUGUUGUUGUGUUAUUACAGGGAUAAAGUCCACAUUGGACUACAAAUCUCUUGGCCAUUAUGCUGUGCUGGCUGGGAGCAAAGGGAGUUGGACCCCUACAUCUCAAAAGCCAUAGACUUUAUAUCCUUGCACUGUUGGUGCUUGGCAAAAGCAAAUAUUUUGCAGGUCUUUGUACUUCUUCAAAAAUCUGCAGAACUUGCUUCACCGGGCAGUUUUCUGAAGUAAUGCCAAACUACCUGUGUAACUUGUAUUAUCCAGGGUAUGGGCAGGCUAUGCUAAAAAUGUGUGUUGCUUAAUAUGACAGGCUUGUUCAUUAAAGAGCUCACACAAGCAGCCCAGAACAGAGGCUGAAUUAAUCCGGCCCGAGGCCUCUCUGGAUAAUCAUAUGCCACAUCAGGGUUAAACAUUAGAAAUUAAUAUCAACUAAAAAGUAUGAAUUCCAUCUUUUUAACAUACAAUAAAAUGAAUAGUUAGGCAAAAGAAAACCAGCUCAUUUUCCCCAAUUAUACCAUUAAACAAAUUGAUCCAAUUAAAUUUCCAGCCCCCGUUGUAUAGCAAUAAGCACAGCUUAAUCUAACAACAGUUAAAAAUGCACACCAUUCAAUUCCACCCAAGCACACUUGUACGUGAUCGACACAACUUGCAUCGAACACAAAGAUUCUAAUUUAAUAGGUAAAGGUAAAGGGGACCCCUGACCAUUAGGUCCAGUCGUGACCGACUCUGGGGUUGCGGCGCUCAUCUUGCUUUAUUGGCCGAGGGAGCCGGCGUACAGCUUCCGGGUCAUGUGGCCAGCAUGACUAAGCCGCUUCUGGCGAACCAGAGCAGCGCACGGAAACACCGUUUACCUUCCCGCCGGAGCGGUACCUAUUUAUCUACUUGCACUUUGAGGUGCUUUCAAACUGCUAGGUUGGCAGGAGCAGGGACCGAGCAACGGGAGCUCACCCCAUCGCGGGGAUUCGAACCACGACCUUCUGAUCGGCAAGUCCUAGGCUCUGUGGUUUAACCCACAGCGCCACCCGCCUCCCAAUUUAAUAUUAGAUCCAAAUUUAAUAUUCUGGCACACUCUUAAUUCCUUUCUCCAAAUACUACAAGUAUUUCCUUAAUUCAAUUGUACAUCCUUAGUCAACAACACUGACAUGUCUAUAUCACGAGACCCAGGCAAACCUGGAUAAAUACUGACAUGCAAGGAGCAAUACAACCUCUGAUAAAAGAUUCACGUCACUUUUCCUUUUAUCUCACCUGAGGGGUGGGAAAGAUCUAAUAGCAGGCUCUCAGCUUGGCAGGGUUGUGGGGGGGUUGUAUAGAGCCCACUUUUCUAACAGAUCUGAUAAUUACUAUAGUACUAUUAUUCAUCUUGCUUCUUAUAAACAGUGGCACAGAAGCUACUUCAUGGAGAGGACAGUUACUAUUUGGUUUUCUCUAUUCUGGCUGUAAAAGAGGCUCAAGACUUCUGUGGCAAUAUGGAGAAAGCCUUGUGGUAGCGGUUGGUACCUCGUAGUAAAUUGGCAUACUGAUUAAAUUUCGAACAUCCUCCAGAGUGUUUGGUCAUGUAAAAUGUACUUUUCAAGAAAAUGAGUCCAUUCCAAAAAUCCUGUAACUAUGGUAGUAGCAUUAGGUUUUUAUUGAGAUUUUUAAAAGUAGUUACAGUGAAAUAAUAGGUUGUACUGUUUUCUUACUCUAUGGUUCUAAUGUUGUUUUUCAUUUUGUAGCCAUGCUAAAGAAAUUCUCCAUUGUUUGAAGAAUAAAUAUUUCAAGGAAUUAGAAAACCAGGUGGUAGACGGUCAGAAAAUUGAAAUGCCUCAGCCAUUAAGCUGGUAAGACUACCUGUAGGAUGGCCAUCAACAUAUUUAGCAUGUUCCUGCCUUUGCUGUGUAAUUGUCUACACUGACUUUGAAGGUAUUAUUAGCCAUUCCCCCUCUGCUAUGUGGUAUUCUCAACUUGUUAGUUGCAGUGUGAUCUUUUUAAAGAUUAUUCUAAAUAAAUACAGUUUGGACCCAUAAAUACAUGCAUGAAAUACCAUUGAGAAGUGGCUGCAGGGGGAAGGGAAUGGGUGAAAAUAGCCUCUCCGCUUCUAACAGUGUGAACAUCUGGCGAAUUGGAGUCUGUUCUACGUACAAGAGGAGCCCUUCAUUUGCAGAUGGGCUUCUCAGGAUCCAGGUUGGAAUGGUGGAGGAUUUUGGUUCACUCCACAGUUAGCAGCAAACCUCCCUGGCCAACAUCCAAUGGAUCAUACUUGGAUCUUAAUGUAGACAGGCAGAUCAGAUUGCUUGUCUAUGAACCUUUCUAAGAAUGAUUUGCUCCAGCUCAUGUUUUUCUUUUUGCAGUGUGGUCUAAGAAAGCACAGGACAUUUUUCUAGAAAGCACAGUUCUUUCUAUAUUAAUCAGAUUUGACUAAAAAGCUCUUGGAAGUAACGGUAUGGUAUGUCGCCCAUUCCAGAGUAAAGGUACAAAGAGUGAUAGAUGCUCUCAUGUACCUAGUGGGGGGCAGCCAUCCCCCCCCCCCCCGCCUAUUGCAGUAUCAGAUCUAGGAGUUGUUUUCAAAAAGAAAAAAGUCAGGAAAUCCCUCGGGCCACCUUAUAACUGCUUUAUAACUUUUUGAAACCUUUAAAAGGUGUGGAGGUGUUUUUAGUACUUUGCCUAAGAAAAUCCAAACAGACAUUUGACAGAAUUUGUCCACUAGUCUGCUUGUGGACACAAAUUGGAACAAGACUGUUCUGUCCAUCCCUAGUUCUAAGUCUGUAUCUUUAAAUAGCUGGGUAAGUGCAAAUGCUUUGAAAGAGUGUGUGGACCAUAAAUAUUGCUUCUAGGACUAAAAUAUACAUACUAAAAUAAUAAAGUAGCUAAAACACAUAUAUCAGGGCUUGAGACUAUCCUGCUUUUGUUCUCUUUAAAAGCCCAUUGCUGACAUCAAUGUGUUUUUGUGUGUAGCGUGCUUAUUUUACCUCAUUGAGUAACCUUAUUACGCCUAGUAUUAUCCAGUUUCUAUAUGCUUCAUACACAAGUUAAAUCUGUGCGUAUAUAGUUAAAAAUGCAAUUGCAUAAACCUGUUAGACAGGUUUAUAUGUAUUCUUUUAUAAUAAGUUAGCGUAAUUAUACUUAGUAUGGACUAAAUUUCUCAAUCCAUUCAGAUGUCGUAGGAGAUACUCCCCCCCCCCAAUUUUUAGCUAUUCUAAUCUUAGCAGCAGUUAGUAGGUUGAACAGUAUUUCUUGAUCAUCUUCAAAAAUUACAUAUUUUAGAUAACCAAGCAGAAAUAUUUUAGGUUCCAAAGGUAUAUGAUAUCCUAACAUAUCAGAGAUAAUGGUCUGAACAGAUUUCCAGAAUGGGUAUUUUUGUAGUGUUUUGGAAUAGGUCCCGUGAUAAUGUCCAUGUUGUCAACCUGCUGCAAUACUGCAUAUUUAUGUUCUAUAUUUAGUUUAUUUUGUUUAUAAAAAAACAUUUAUAUAUAUAAAUGGAAUGGCAUGCUCCAUUAUUUCAUUUCAAAUAUGCUGGUGAUAGUUCUUAUAAAAACUAUAUUUCAUUAGGUAUCCAGAAGAGUUGGCAUGGCAUACAAACCUAAGCAGAAAGGUCCUGCGAAAAUCCCCACAACUAGAAAAAUUCCAUCAUUUUCUUGUUAGUGAAACAGAAUGUGUAAGUACGUUCCUAAAUUGCUGUUGUUUUAAUUCAUUUUGUGUCUUACUGUGAUCUUUUGCGUUGAAGAAUUGUUACUCGCUGUCUUGCCAUUGACAUGUCCCUUGGGGAACUAGAGAUUACUGUGUAAUAGUAACUUGCACAUGAACGUGACUUCUGACAAUGUGUUAAUGAAAUUCUCCCAUUAAGGGUUUGUUAGGAACAAAAUCAGAUAAGCUUAAAACAAUAAAACUUACAUUAGGGUUUCAUAUAUACAUUUUCUGCAUCUAAAAUAUUCAAAACAUGAAAUUGGAGUUGCCACUGAUUACAAAUUUUUAUUUUAUUUUUCUAGGGGAACAUUAGUCGCCAAGAAGCUGUCAGUAUGAUUCCUCCCCUGCUCCUUGAUGUCCAGUCUCAUCAUAAGGUAGGCCUUGCAUUGCUAUUGGAUCUUGAAGUCUUGUUAAAAGUAACCUGACACAGUACAUCUAAUAUGCUCUUUUUUGUAUUAUAAAUUUAUAUUACAAAUUCACCCUGGGUAGUGGCUUUCUUGAAACCUGGCUUCAGGGUAUCAAUAAGACACAUUUCUGUUUCAUAAAAGGGGCAGCGGCCAGUUGCACGAGUAGCUUAAUUGUUUUAUCCUUUUAUUGCUUCAUUCUUUUUCAAUUGCAUACAUUCAGAAUGAAAAGGAUUAUGAAGUUAGCUGGAAAGGUAUUUCAACAGAUACUUGAAUUAAUGCAUUCCUUAUUGAUGAACUUCUAUUCAGUUGCUAUGGACUGGUCUUAAUUAGAUCUCCCAGUUUUAACUGGAAUGUUUGUAGUAUUGUGAAGGGCUUAGUAUCGUCUUUCUGAAAUGAAGAAUUCUGUAGACUCUGCCCCAUAUGACUGAAGUAACUACUUCUAAGCAGAUAAUACAGCUGUGAGAAUUACUUUCCUGGGUGCUGUAUGUAUACACGAAAUCACGUACAUUGGGGAACACUAUCUAAAAAGCCAAACUCCACCACAAUCGCUCCCUCCAAGCCUCCUUUCUCAAAUUCCAACUCUCCACAGGCUUCAAAGGUUGAUCCAAAGGCUUCUGAGAUUGCAGUUGCAAAGGCUCCUGGGAUUGCUAGCCGUUUCAACACUCUUUUUGUGCCAUUUUUGCAGUUUAAAUUGAUUUAUUUAACCAUUUCCCAGUGCUUUGCAUAUAUGCAGUUCCACACGAGUUGAACGUGUGUAAGUGGGGAGAUACCUAUAUGUAAUAUAAUUUUUGUACGUAUGUUAAUGAGAUCUUUUAUUUGUGUAUUGUUUUGCUCUUGGUAGAUUCUAGAUCUGUGUGCUGCACCAGGGUCCAAAACUGCCCAGCUUAUUGAAAUGUUGCACGCAGACAUGAAUGUUCCUUUUCCAGGUAAGUGAGAUGGAGUGGUAUAUAGAGAUCCCUGCCCCAUUUUUUGUUGAGAAACAAAAUUCAUUUACAGUCAAGGCUGUACCUUUAAGGGUUAGCAUUGGAUUGUGGCCAUUAGUGCCCAGUUUGCUCACACAUAAUAUGCAAUUCAGUCCAAGAGGCGGACCUUCAAGUAAUCUUUUUGAAGGUUUGCCAGAAAGAUUCAUGAAAGGGAGAGGGCUUAAAGCCCCGUGGUGCCAAACAGUAUAGGCCCUGCAUAGGAUAGGGACCUGCUUCUGGAACCUCAAUAUGGUUGCUGUUAGCAGUUGGAUCUUACCUGUGGAUUCCACCAUUUCACCUUCCUCAGUGGAAACACCCCUUUGUCACACAUUUUGUUAGUAUUGAGGUAUAUGUAUUUGUGUAUUAUUUCUCUUACUUGGCCACCCUGGAACCUUUAAGCCAUCACCCAAGAAGCACCUUUUCCCUGUUGGGGUUCUUUGUCUGGAUCAAAAAUGGACUUCCUCUUCUUUUGUUUUUGCUAGCUGCGUUUCAUCAUUUUGUGUUGGCCUUUUCCUGUCCCUCUGCUUUCCCAGAUCAUCCUGUUUUUGUCAUCUAUCAGUCUUCAUCUUCUCUUCCUGUACUUUUAGUGCCACUAGUGUGUCAGACACCUUAUGUGUUGACAUAACUAAUUUCCCUUUCUUUUCUCUUACCUUUCUCACUACAGAAUUCCUUUCUCCUUGCCCUGACUUCAUCAGAGUUAUUUUUUGUGGGCUAAGCUACUUAGUGGUUUCAUAACUGAUAAUUUCUUAGAAUGCUUUUCUUGUUUUAUUAAAACCAGUUAAAAAGAAAUCUAUAACAGGCUUCUCUUUUUAUAUAACUUAAAAUAAUGCUCAAAACGUAACUUAACUAUCACAUCAUGUGCUUAUUAGAUCAGACAAAUGUCCUACAAAAUGUUAACAUCCAUUGUAUAUCUCUUCUACUUUAUAUUGAUGAUUAUUCUAAAAACAUUUCUCAUAAAUUAUGCUUUUGCUUAUAACGUUUUUUUAAUAUUCUUUUGAGCACCUGGUCUAAUAAACUGCAGAAAAAAUCAUUUGCUUGCCUCCCUCCAAAAUUCCACCCUUAACCUAAAGAGUUCAUUUUUUUUUUCCUUUAGAGGGAUUUGUAAUUGCAAAUGAUGUUGACAACAAGCGCUGCUAUCUACUGGUUCAUCAAGCAAAGAGGUUAAACAGCCCUUGCAUCAUGGUUGUAAAUCAUGAUGCUUCCAGCAUCCCUAAUUUACAGAUCACCACUAAUGGAAAGAAGGAGAUCCUCUUUUACGAUAGGAUAUUAUGUGAUGUCCCUUGCAGGUAUGCUAUAUUUAUUUUUAAUGUUGCUAGUGUUGUAAUGCUUAUGACUUUUUAAUACUAGUGUGCCCUUUACAUCACAUCAAGAUAAGCAGGGUGUGAUGUUUUGUAUAGCGAGAUAGGAUUUGUAUCUGAGAGACCGGAGUUCAAAUCUCUUGCACUGUUAAAGUUCUGUGGGUAACCUUGGGCAAAUUAUUACAGUGGUACCUCGGGUUCCAUACGCUUCAGGUUACAGACUCCGCUAACCCAGAAAUAGUGCUUCAGGUUAAGAACUUUGCUUCAGGAUGAGAACAGAAAUCGUGCUCCAGCAGCGCGGCAGCAGCAGGAGGCCCCAUUAGCUAAAGUGGUGCUUCAGGUUAAGAACAGUUUCAGGUUAAGAACGGACCUCCGGAACGAAUUAAGUACUUAACCCGAGGUGCCACUGUAUAUCCCAAGAUUGCUACUAAAUGUGGGAAGCAAAAGUGCUCAUGCAUGCCACUUUGUGCUCACUGGAAGAAGUGUGGAAUACAAAAUAAUUCAUAAGUUUCUAAAAUUAAAGCAUAGUAAAGUUUUCUCAGCCUUAAUAUUAUUUUCAGUUGUGCCUUUUAUCAGUGUCAUGUUUGUCUUUUGCAUCCUGUUCAGUUUUUCUUUGAAGUAUGCAUCUGCUUUGAAAUAGCAGGAUCUCAAAAACUGAACCAAUGUCUUACUAACAACAGCUGUGCUUAAAAACAAACAAACAAACAAACAAACAAACAAACAAACAGGGAAAGGAGUAACUGAAAGAAUAGAUUACAAAAGUGUGCAUCGCUUUUUGCCAAAUCUAGUCUGUUGAUUUUCUGGUGCUGAUAGAACCUAGUGGUUGAUAUCAUCAGUUUCACACCUUGUGCUUCAAGAGAAAUUACAGCCUGACCACAAUAGUUCAUGCAUUGGUAACCUCUUGGCUGAAGGCCGAGUUCAGAGUGUUUAUAUUAAUAUAUCCAUCCCUAUACAGUUCAAUAUCAGGUUAUUUAAGAGACUUCCUGAACCCUUCUAUACCCAGUAGACAGCUGCCAUCUGUGGGACAGUUUUUCCAGCAAGUUCCAAAGCUCUCAGAAGCCUCCUCUAUAGUAGCUCAGAGCAGAGCUUUUAAGUGUGCCUCUAUUUUGUGGAAUAGUAUUCCUGUAAAAAUACCAUCAGUACCUACUAUCUGCACUUUCCAGAAACAACUGAAGACAUAUUUGCUCCAAUAAACUUUCCUAGGUAGAUAAAUGUUCUUUACCACGACCACCCACUUGUUACUGUUUUAGUUUAGUUUUGAUUUAGUUUUAGUUAGUUGUUUUUCUGUUUUUUACUGUUUAUAAUUACUAUAUUUUUCUCUCUAUAAGAUACACCGGACCACAAGACGCACCUAGUUUUUGGAGGAGGAAAACAAGGGAAAAAAAUAUUCUGAAUCUCAGAAGCCAGAACAGCAAGAGGGAUCGCUGCACAGUGAAAGCAGCAAUCCCUCUUGCUGUUCUGGCUUCUGGGAUAGCUGCGCAGCCUGCAUUUGCUCCAUAAGACGCACACACAUUUCCCCUUUUUAGGAGGGAAAAAGUGAGUCUUAUAGAGCAAAAAAUAUGGUACCUUAUGUGUAAAUUGCCUUGAGACAGUGUUUUAGAAAGCGAUUAAUAAAUAAGAAUAGUCAAUGAUUUCUGAUUUUCAAAACACACGAGGUGUGUUACUGACUCAGAAUGUAGCUUACUGGUGUCAUUGGAAUUCAUGUGUGAAUGUCUGUUGCAGUGGAGAUGGUACCAUGAGAAAAAACAUUGAUGUGUGGAAAAAGUGGACUACUCAAAACAGCUUGCAGCUACAUGGGUAAGAAACAAUUUUAUUUCUAAUAUCACAUCCUUUUUGAACUUCAGUGGAAUAAAAAUAAGUUUACAAGUAAUAACUUUGCAUUUCCCCAAAAUAUAUUAAUUUCCUUGUAUUUUAAUCUCCCCAUCCUCCAAGGUAUUUGAAGCUAGUUUACUGUAAAGAUAAAAAUUGGUUCACACAUAUCGCAAGCAUAUAGGUUUUAUGCCUAGUGGGGCACAGGAGCAAACUCUUUGCUUGAAAUGCCUAGAUGUCAGGGCCCUUACUUAGUGAGGGUUUUAUCAUAAUGAUGUAAUAACUAUGGUGUGCAAAACAGAGGCCAGUGACUAAAUAAUUCAGAAUAACUUGGUGUGAAUGAGUAAGAUAAAUGUAUAAACCCAGAGGUAGUAUUCAACUAAGUUUUCCUCAGAGUAGACCUAACUUAGUCAUGCCUGUCAAUUUCAGUGGGUCUACUCUGGGUAAGGGACGCAGGUGGCGCUGUGGGUUAAACCACAGAGCCUAGGACUUGCCGAUCAGAAGGUCGGCAGUUUGGAUCCCCGCAACGGGGUGAGUUCCCGUUGCUUGGUCCCUGCUCCUGCCAACCUAGCAGUUUGAAAGCACAUCAAAGUGCAAGUAGGUACCGCUCCGGCGGGAAGGUAAACGGCGUUUCUGUGCGCUGCUCUGGUUCACCAGAAGCGGCUUAGUCAUGCUGGCCACAUGACCCGGAAGCUGUACGCCGGCUCCCUCAGCCAAUAAAGCGAGAUGAGCGCCGCAACCCCAGAGUCGGUCACGACUGGACCUAAUGGUCAGGGGUCCCUUUACCUUUACUCUGGGUAAAAAUUGGUUGAAUACCACUAAAAUAUAUAAAAGCAAACUGUUUUUCCUUCAACUUUGUUUUCAAAGUUUGAUAUUUGACAACUGAUUUUUUAAAUGUUGCAAAAUGGAGAAAAGAAUAACAGAUGUGAGAACAAUAUAAACUCUCAUUAACAAAUACUGCGCCAUUGGUAAUACUUUAGAUGCUUUAAUCUGGACACAUUCCAGAUUCAUAGUCUUACAUUCCCCCAUUUAUAUUCUUUCUGCUGCUUUCCCAACCAAACCCUUGACACUAAGAAGGCAGCUUUGGCCAACCAGGCAUUAAUUCUUCCAGGGCUGAUCAUACAUUUUAGAAUAUAGCAUACUGACUUACGUAUGUCCAUACCAGUUAUAAAAAAGGAUUGUAGAGAGUAAUGGUCUUGCAGUCUGCUCCUUUGUUGUUUAUCUGGGUUAGCACAUUUGCACCUUUGCAUGGCAUUUCAGAUUGUAGUUCAGUGUGUUCAGUACAUUUCCAAGAAUAGCUUGCAGGAAAGGGAUUGGUCAGCACUUAUCUAUUGACUAAUCAGAUAUUCCAAGAAUGCCAGCGUGUUGACGUUUGAGGAGGAUUGACCAUGUUCCCAUUUGCAGGAAGAAACAACAUGUCUUGUGGCAUCUUAAUGGCUAAACAAAUGCAGAGUAAAUAAUAAUAAUAGAUAUACUGUCACGCUAUGGUCAAGGAGACUCAGGCUCAAAUCCUCACUCAGCAACAAAACACAUUAGCUGAAAGGUCAGUUAGUUGAAGGGAACAGUAAAAAAGGUUAUAAAGCUAAAUAAUUAACAGUUUAAAAAACUGUGCCAUUGUUUCACAAUAAGAGCUGUAAUUACGAUUUUCUUUUUAGGAUACAGAUCAGACAUGUAGAUUGUUACUUUUGUUUUCACAGUGUUAAUGUUUUUAAAAACACUUUACCAUUAGUUAACUGGCUAUUUGGGCAAACUGUUUUUGACUGUCAAAUAUCCAACACCAGCACCAAUUCAGGUUGCAGCCUUAAUUUUUCUACACACAGUGUAUGACAUCCUUUGCUUGCAUCUUAGUUGAGUCCUUAUUCCGUACACUCAAAAGACUUAAUAAAUGGUGUAUUCUACAUACGUAUAAAUGGCUUUGUAUAUGAUACAGCAAUUGAUUGACUUGUUGAAUGGGUGGGAACAAUUGAGCUCUUUCAGUGUGACAAAACAUGUUGAAAGCAAUGUUUGGAUUAUUUAGUUGUCAAAAGUCAACUUGAAAUCUCAGGACCAACUGUUGGGAAAGGAUGAUGAGAUGCUAACCCGUUCAUCAAUUUGCAGAUUGCAGUUAAGGAUUGCAACCCGUGGAGUUGAGCAGCUGGCAGAAGGAGGUAGGAUGGUGUACUCUACCUGCUCAUUGAAUCCUGUUGAAAAUGAAGCUGUCAUUGCCUCUCUGCUGGAAAAAAGUGAAGGUGUGUGUAUCUCUUGGUUGUAUAGUGAGAACAGACAAUAAUAGUGGAAUCAAGUGUUAAACUAUACUCAAUUGGUAUAAACUGUACUCAGUUUGGGUUGAAGGAGGCAUCAGGUAGUGGCAGUUGACUACCCCCACUACCCAAGAAGGCAGGGAGUAUGUGCCCAGUGUCACAGAAUCACAGAAUUGUAGAGUUGGAAGAGACCCUGAGGAUUAUCUAGUCCAACCCCCUGCAAUGCAGGAAUCUCAACUAAAGCAUCCCUGACAGAUGGCCACCCAACCUCUGCUUAAAAACUUCCGAGGAGAGAGAGUCCACCAUUUUCCCAGGGAGUCUGUGCCACUGUUGGAACAGCUCUUAUCGUCUGAAAGUUUUUCCUCCUGUUUAGUUGGAAUCUCCUUUCUUGUUACUGGUUCAGGUCCUAACCUCUGAAGCUGUAGAAGAAGAGCUUGCUCCAUGUGACAGUCCUUUAGAUAUUUGAAGAUAGCUGUCAUAUCUCCUCUCAGUCUGCUGUUUUCCAGGCUGAACAUACCCAACUCCCUCAACCAUUCUUCAUAAGGCCAGGUUUCCAGGCCUUUGAACAUCUGCACAGGUUCCAGCUUAUCCAUAUCCUCCUGAAAUUGUGGUGCCCAGAACUGGACACAGUACUCCAGGUGUGGUUUGGCCAAGGCAGAAUGGAAUGGUACUAUUACUGCCCUUGAUCAGGAUCCUGUACUUCAUGAAGUGGAGUCUAAUGCAGUGUGCAGUUUGAAUGCAAACCUGCAGUUCUCACAUGCAACUCUGACAUCCCUUUUAAGGUUCUUCUGCUUGUGAACCUGAUUGCAUUCCAGAAUUUGGCACCCUAAGUUUGGUCCUUCCCACUCAAGGCCUUUUUACACAGUUUCCUCUUUCCUGCUCACGCCUGCCUCUUUCUUGCUGGAUGCUUCACCCCCUGACAGUCCUAGAUUGCUCCAGGACACCCAACUCAGGGCAUUCUGGAGGUUGAUCACAUCUGGUUUCCUCUGAGUCAGCUUGGCUCGGGCCUCAGCCAAAUCUGGUGCACAGGUCUAGUGACUAUAUUUGUGCUGUACAUUCAGCAAAUGCAUUCUACAAUUUGGUAUAAUAUGACUCACUUGGGUACAAUCCUAAUCCCACUCACAUGGGAGUAUGCCCCAUUGAAUUUAAUAGGGCUUGCUUCUGAGUAGACCUGGUUAGAAUUGUUGUGUUCGUCUCCAUGUACCUCCACGCUCUCUCUUAUGCUUCAUUCAUUGGCUGAAAUGAAUAGGUAAUGCUUCUUACAGCAAUCCUGUGGAGAUAACGUGGGCAGAGUUAGAGAAAUGCAACUGCCAACCUUCAUUGUUUGCAGAUCAUAUAAAGAAUUGUGUCAUUUCAAAACAUGUUGUUUUUCUUGGCUUGGGAUAGUUUCUCAGAGUUGGUAACUUUCCUAGCUAUUUCUUAUUUACAGUAAUCUUGUUUGUUCAAAGGUGCCUUAGAACUUGCUGACGUCUCUUCUGAAUUGCCUGGUCUGAAAAGGAUGCCUGGGGUUACACAGUGGAAGGUAUUUUUUAAUAGAAAUGUGUAUUGUAAUAGAAUCCAAAUCAAACUUUAAUAGAGAACAGCAUUCUGUUCUAAAAUCAAAUGAGUAGUCAUGUGUUUAUGGGUACAGUGGUACCUCGCCUAGCGCUCAUUCCGUCGAACGUCCGUGGCAAACUCCGAAGUACCGGAACGGGUUACUUCUGGGUUUGCCACUCACGCAUGUGCAGAAGCACAAACCGCUCCAUGCGCGUGCGCAGACACGGUGCUUUGUCCAGCAUCCUUUUCAGCCAGCGACCGGGGCUCCAGAAUGGAUCCCAGUCGCAAAAUGAGGUACUACUGUAUAUGAAGCUGCGUUGCGCCAGAUCAGACCAUUUGACCAUUAUCUACCCUGACCACAGUAGCUUUUCAAGAUCUGAAGCAGCGCUAUUUCCCAGUCAUACUAUUUGAGAUGCUUUUUAAUUGGAGGUGUCAGGCGCUUGGAUCUUUCUGUGUGCAAAGAAUGUCCUCAAUCACUGAACUACAGUGGUACCUCGGUUUACAAAAUCAGUUCCGGAAGUCCGUUCUUAAACCAAAGCCAUACUUAAACCGAGACGCACUUUCCGUAAUGAGGCGUCUCCCCGCCGGUGCCCUUCCACUGUUUGGCUUCCGUUCGUAGACCAAGGUAAAGUUUGCUAAGCGGAACACAACUUCUGGUUUUGCGGAGUUCUUAUACCGAAUAGUUCGUAAACAGGGCUGUUCUUAAACCGAGGUACCACUGUAUUUCUUCUUUCUGUAAGUCAGACCUACGCAGCUUGUGACCUAUGUGAAGCUCUCCAGAGUUUCAAUAAACUUCUCUCUGCCUGAAAGAAUAGGGGCCCUAAAGAUAUAUGUCCUCUGUCUCCUGGCACAGAUUCUUGGGCUUGUCUUCUCCUAAUCCUAUGUUGAGUAGGAAAUGAACAUAUACUGAAGCAAAAGAGCACUACUGUUCUGUAGCAGUUCAUUCUUCAACUCCCACUUCCCUGUCAGGAGAAAGCUCUUACCGUUUUUAUGGCACUUCUUGGCUUCCAAGAAGUUAACUUUCACCUACCCAGACAGUAACCUCCAGUCUCUUGAGGGAAAGAGAGAAGGAUACCUGAGACUGAGAAUUCUCCUAAUCUGGUGCCGAGUUGAGAAAUGCUGGGAUUGGGGCAGAAUUAUGUUGUUCAAAUACAUUACAUAGGGGUGUGUUUGAACACAAACAUAAUAUGAAAAUAUACAUUGGUGGACACAGCACUUCAACUUUCUGGAUUGUUUAAUGUUUGUUGUUGUUUGGACAAUUUGCAUUGAAAUGAAACUAUUAAGCAGUUUACAGCAUAGGUUAAAAACAUUAACAUAGGUUAAUUAGCAAAUAGAGAAAAAUAACAGAUUUUCUGCAUUCUAUAAACCACAAUUAACAACCAAAGAGUAUCUUUUUGGCAUGAAAAUGAACAUUACAAAUAAAAAUCAGCCACAAAAACGCAAAAUAUGUUCAUAGUAAACAAAUAGACACAUUAACUUUUGAACGUAUUGUAAACAUCAGGGAGUAAAAUAUUACAAGUGAAAAUCAACUAGCAAGUAUAAAUUUCACCUUUUAAAAUAGCUUGAUGAACAACAAAGCAAAAGAAAAGCUACUCACUCUUCUGUAGCACCAUGUAUGAAUCAGUCAUACCAGGCAUAGGCAAACUCCGGCCCUCCAGAUUUUUGGGACUACAAUUCCCGUCAUCCCUGACCACUGGUUCUGUUAGCUAGGGAUGAUGGGAAUUGUAGUCCCAAACAUCUGGAGGGCCGGAGUUUGCCUAUGCCUGAGUCAUACCAUUAAACAAACCAGUUAAAUCCACUGCCCCCUAUAUAGCAGUAAGCACAAUGGCUAAGAAUAAAUACCAUUCAGUUCCAUUCAAGCCCAAAACUUACUAUUCUGGUACACCCUCAAAUCAUAUUGUCCACAUACUACAAGUGUUACAUCCUUGAUCAACAACCCCUUUGCAUAGUGACUUUGUGAGACCCAAGUACUAACAUACAAGCAGGCAACAAUACAACAAUACACUCCCUAGAUAAAACAUUUAUACAGGUACUACCCUGUGACGGUUUCUUGGAGGGAGCAGAAUUUAUCCCCAGUAGCAGGCAGGGGGUACCCUGGGGCAGGGGGUAUAAAAUCACAUUCUCCAGCUUUCUAGCAGAUUCAUCUAUUUCACUUAGUGGGCUGAGUCUUAAAGUCUUAAUAAAAUCUGAAAUUGCUAUUUAACAGUCUCCUCUUGUAAUCUGCUGACUUGUCAUUGGCAAACUUGAGGCCACCCUCAUUGUUAAUUGGUACAUUUCCCCACCUAGGUAAUGACAAAAGAUGGCCAGUGGUUUGAAGACUGGAGUGAAGUGCCUUCCAACAGGCAAACCCAGAUCCGUCCCACCAUGUUCCCCUUAAAAGAUGAAGAAAAACUUAAAGCGUUACAUUUGGAGCGCUGGUGGGUAUUCUUGCAGCUGAUUGUUUCCACGCUGAGCAUACUCUUGCAGUUCCUAGUUGAUUGUAAUGAGGAGAUGUUUAUUUCAGGGUCGAUUGUUGGUGGUCUCAGAACUGUAGACUGUGUUUUAGUUCAGGUUCAUCUAAAUAUCAGGUUGCAUCCAACUAAGUCAUUCUCAGAGUAGAGCCAUUGAAAUUGGCAGACUUGUUAAUUGGGUUCAGUUGUGAAGUAUGUGCUCAGACAGCUGUAAGCACUUUUUAUUUUUAAAACAGGAUGUGUGCACUGGGGAUGACUGCUUAAGUGGCAGUGCAGAAAACCAGAUCAACUUUCUUAAAAGCAAAAAAAAAACCUGUUGUUAUUAUUUGUUACUACAUUUAUAUCAUCCUUUUCUGUUGCUGAGCUCAAGCUGAUUAAAAAUUACGUUUCAUAAUCCUUUGGAUAUUUGCUUUUACGAUACGUUCCUUAACCCAAAGCAGUCAAAUACCAUGAAAAUGUCACUGUUCUGAAUUCUUUAUUCAAUAUAUGACAGUUCAGAAAAAAAUAAUGGUAGAAAAACAGUUCAUUUAGAUUUCAUUUGGCUUGAUUAAAAAAAAAAUACACCAAAAAGUAUAAACUUCCUUGUUCAUAAACUGGACUUCAGUUUCCUUCCUUAGGUGGUGCAUAGUGGUACAAAAUCUGUGUCUUUAUCUAGUUUCAGAAUUUUGCCACAUCAUCAGAAUACUGGAGGUUUCUUUGUCGCUGUAUUAAUUAAAAAAUCUCCGAUGCCAUGGAAUAAGCGUCAGCCCAAGGUAAUGUUUGCUCUAGUUGGAACGGUUUUGCAACAUGCUGUGAAAGAGAGGCUAGGAUCCCAAGAUCUCCAAGACAAGUUUGGUGGCCCCAGAGGACUGUGGGCUUCUGUGUCUCAUAGAGCAACCCCUCUCACUCACCCCAGGCCACCAAGGGGAACUGUUUUUGAGCAUGGAUGUCAAGGGGAAUUUUCAAGUGCAGUUGGUGAAUUUUUGACAGCCCGUGUGGUGUAGCAGUUAAGAGUGGUAGUCUUGUAAUCUGGGGAACCGGGUUUGCUUCCCUGCUCCUCCACAUGCAGCUGCUGGGUGACCUUGGGCUAGUCACACUUCUUUGAAGUCUCUCAGUCCCACUCACCUCACAGAGUGUUUGUUGUGGGGGAGGAAGGGAAAGGAGAACGUUAGCCGCUUUGAGACUCCUUCGGGUAGUGAUAAAGCAGGAUAUCAAAUCCAAACUCUUCUCUUCUUCUUUUAAAAAAACAACAACUCAUUGAGCAGUCCAAAUCUAUGAACAUCCUCAAAGAAAUUCAUUGAGACCUGGGCAUUAUGUUGCCAUGUCAGAGGCAAAAGUGGACAUAGAAAUGUGUGUGACUCUUAGGUUUGUACAGUAGGCUGCCUUCCGGCCACGCAUGUCAGAGGUUUCUACACAUAUCUCUUAAUCCAGGCCCAUAUUCCAGGCAGGUAAAAGCCACAAGGGAGUGUUUAGGAUAGGGCCAAUGAGGGGCAAGCCUGAUGAGAACCCCCAGAACAAGAGGCAGGUUUUCCCGUGUACGGCUGCUUUCUCCAUAAAGACGGAGUUAUUAUGGAGUUAUCUAUGCUAGAUGCCUCAAAGUAUCAGGAAACCUUACGUCCGUGGGCCAAAGGCCUCUUCUUCUUGGGGUUCUCUUCAGGCUUGCCCCUCAUUGGCCCUGCUCUAAACACCAUCAAAGAGAUGUGAUUCUAGGGAUAAUUUCACUAACUAACCAGUUAUGCAGCCAUAACAUAAAUACAACUCCAGAUGCAUAUGGCUGCAUAAUUGGCUAGUUAGUGAAAUUGAGGCAUGAAAAUCUGUACAAAUGGAAGGUAACAUGGCACCUUGUGGUACCUGGUUUUCUUGUGUAGGGCUGCUUUCUCCAUAAUAACAGAGUUAUUAUGGAGUUAUCUAUGCUAGAUGUCUCAAAGUAUCACAUCUCUUUGGUGUUCUAGAAAAAGGCUGGGUCUACAAAGCCCUUUUAGUUGAGCACUUGAUCUCAAAAUGGCAGAAUGAGUACUAGCUGUCCCAGCUUCUGUUUUGAAGUUGGUCCUGUGACACUUAUGGACAAGGAACAGCUCUUUCAUUGAAACCCAGUUCUGACAAGUUUUUCAGAUAGUUGUAGAAAUAACUGUGAAAUCAUUGUAUAAGAAAGUAGAAGUGCAAAGACGCAGUGUUGAAGAUGUGCAUAAUAAUGCAAUACAUAAUAAUGUAUUUGGGGUGGGCUGUAUACUAGUGGCACAAUCCAGUCAGAACUAAUCAAUUCUUAAGGCCCAUUUAUUUCAACAGUGCCCUAGGUGUUAAGCUGAAAAAAUAUUUAAAUCUUCUGUACUCAGGAUAGCGUGGAAACAUCUUUAAAGCAUCUUUUGCCGUUUUAGAAUGUGCAUUCAUGCAAAUUCUGUGGAUUUCGCGGUACACUUAAAUUCAUUGAUAGUUCACAGUUUUUCAUUUUGCUGUAUUUAUUACAGUUCCUGUGAAGUUACACAGUUAGAGAAUGCAGUGUGGAAUGUAAAAAAAUAUAGUAGGAAUAGGAGCAAAAUGCACAGGAUAGGAAAAAGGAAUAAUGUUCUAUCUCAUGGUUUUUGCUGCCUUUGUCCAGAUUUUUUGGGGGGCUACCUCCUUUUUUGUUUUAUUUGUUGCUGGCCCUCUUUAACUUACAUAUAAGAGGAUACAAAUGGAUAAUUUAGAAUUUUCUUAUUUAUGCCCUCUAAUAACAUUUCUGGGAGCUCAGCACCAGCAGCUUGAGUAGGAGGCUGCUAAGAAACACUUUAGGAACAGAAUGCACAGUGCUCAUGUCUCACUUUUUUUUAAUAGGGAUUACAUCUUGUAAGGCCAGUAAAAUGGUACAUUAUGACAAUUUACAUAAGGCAUAUGCAUGCAGACACAUGUAGCUCAAAGCUGAUCUGUAAUUCUGUAAGACUAAAAAACACACAGCACAGCUAAAAAAAAACAUAAGAACAAAAAUAGUUACCAAAGAUGGAAGUGAAGCUUAUCAGUGUAACUUGGUGUCCCACUCAACAGGGAGGCGGAUCUGUUGUUGCUAUCAAAUAGAAUAAAACAUAAAGUUGUACAUGGUUUGUAACUCUGAAUUUCAGUGCAUUAUGAAAAGCAUAAUUCCCCCGCUCCCGCACUUUGGAUCUUUAAUAGAUAUGAUUUAAACAGUGGUAAGGGGAAAUGGUGUUUGUUGUAACAUUUGAGAGCUUUUUUUUAUGCAUCAAGACCUGUUCCUUCUGUUUUGGAAUAGCUGCAGCACCGGCUGCCAGAGAAGACAAUCAGCGCAGUGUCUGCCGCUGCAGAGCAGGGUUCUUUAGAAACUGCUGAAGACCAUGUGGCCGUAGAAGCAAAGGAUGGAGACUCCUUUGUAACUGAGACUACUGAAAACAAGAAGGAUGGAGUGUGUGGGUAAGAAACUAAAAUGAAGCUUGCCAUUGUUCAAGAUAGUCAAGCCAAGCCAUUUGUCUGUAUUGGUGCUUUUGCUGGUUCUCCCAGCAUGUAGGGAAGCGGAAAUUGCCCCAUGAUUUCGUCUCCAGCUGGAAGCUCUUGAGAUCAUAGAACCACAAAGGCAGCCUUAUUGAGAUACAAUCUCCACUCAGCCUUCUCAACACUUUGUUUUCUUGCCCUAAGCAAAGCCAACCUGUGAGGGCCACUUCAUAUGCAUGGUUGUGACAUCCCUAUGAUGACUGAUAUGGAAGUAGUUGUUUUGGAAAGUUGGUGUAACGUAAUGAUUAGAUAGAAUUACAAGGUGGAAAAGCCUUGUUUAAAUUUUGUCUCUGCCAUGAAUUUAGGUAAAGGGUAAAGGGACCCCUGACCAUUAGGUCCAGUCGUGGCCGACUCUGGGGUUGCGGUGCUCAUCUCGUUUUACUGGCCAAGGUGAGCCGGUGUACAGCUUCCGAGUCAUGUGCCCAGCAUGACUAAGCCGCUUCUAGCGAACCAGAGCAGCGCACGGAAACGCCGUUUACCUUCCCGCCGGAGUGGUACCUAUUUAUCUACUUGCACUUUGACGUGCUUUUGAACUGCUAGGUUGGCAGGAGCAGGGACCGAGCAAUGGGAGCUCAAGCCGUCGUGGGGAUUCGAACCACCGACCUUCUGAUCGGCAAGUCCUAGGCUCUGUGGUUUAACCCACAGCACCACCCGCAUCCUAGCUGGCUAUAAGCAAUAUUCCUCCCAACCCCAACCACUGUGUUAAAAUGUAAAAAAAAUUCCUUCCAGUAGUACCUUAGAGACCAACUAAGUUUGUUAUUGGUAUGAGCUUUCAUGUGCAUGCACACUUCUUCAGCUAGUGUUAUAAUGGUAAUAGUGGACUAGUUUACUGUGCUGUUUUAAGGAUGGCUGAGAAUAUAUAUGGAAUACUUUGAACACUGAACUCCCACAUACUAGAGUAGUAGUAUUACGUGGUUAUGCUUUUCUGCAUUAGUGAAUAUCACAGAAUCAAAGAAUUGUAGAGUUGGAACGGACAGUGAGCAUCAUCUAGGCCAAUCCCCCUCAGUGCAGGAAUCUCUUGCCCAGCGUGGGGCUCCAACUCAUGACUCUGAUAUUAAGAGACUCAUGCUCUACCAACUGAGCUUUCCCAGGAGAGGAUUCUAGAACUGCUGUUGAACCAGCCUUUUAAAAUAUAUUUCUGGCAGUUCUCACUCUAAGCAAAAUACAGUGGUACCUCAGGUUAAGUACUUAAUUCGUUCUGGAGGUCCGUUCUUAACCUGAAACUGUUCUUAACCUGAAGUACCACUUUAGCUAAUGGGGCCUCCUGCUGCCACUGCGCCGCCACUGCACGAUUUCUGUUCUUAUCCUGAAGCAAAGUUCUUAACCUGAAGCACUAUUUCUGGGUUAGCGGAGUCAUUAACCUGAAGCGUAUGUAACCUGAGGUACCACUGUACAGAAAUCUGUUAAAAUUCUUCCUGUACUGCUCAACUUUGAUAUAUCCAGGUUUCGACCUGGGGAGUUUGGCCCUCCUCUCUACUUAAAAACUGCAGAGGUGGGCAGAGAUAAUCUCAGCAGUUGUGUGGUGAUCUCUGCUCCCUUUCCAGCUCUAAAGUUGAGAGGGAUGAUGGGGGGAGGAUGCUGGCACUGGCAUCCCUCACUGCCAAACCAGCCUUCUCUCUGAGCAGCCAAAACCGCCUACCCAAAAAUGGCAGGCUCUCCUAGUAGUGGUGGGGAGCUUCUUUGGUGGAGCAGAAUUUGACCAUAAUUUUUGCCAGUCCAUCCAUAAACUGUUGACCCUGGAUAAAUCUGUUACUUCCAGGCCUCCACCGUCUAAAAAAAUGAAGCUUUUUGGAUUUAAAGAAGAUCCGUUUGUGUUUCUUUCUGAAGACGAUUCACUAUUUUCACCAAUUCAGUAAGAAAAUACGUUUCAUUUUUCAUACAACAUAAGUAUAUGCUACAUAACAACCUGCAUUUAUUUUACUUAUUCAGCACAUUUCACAUCCUGCACAAUAACCUCUUGGUAAUGUUGUGGUGCUAUACUGCUGGCUUCCAGAAGAUUUCACAGAAUACUGCUAUUGCAUUUUCUCCUACCGUCACUGGUUUUUGGAUCCAGACAACAGGAUCAUGAGAAGAAAUGAAACGACCAAGCCAUUUUUAAAUCUGCAGGUUCCUUUCGUAAAUAUGUGAUCCUCACUUCACUAUUUUAUAUUAAUAAAAAUUUUAAAUAAUACAAAUUAUCAUAGACGUUUCAUUGAGUAGACAACAGUUCAAAGUUAAAUUUAUGGUGUGACAUGUCAGUCAGUCCAUCUUUUUGAUUUUCAAGUCAGGGGUUCUAUUGACAUUAUUUUACUUUCUGUCUACUUGGAGAAAGCACAGAUUCAGUGUGCUAAAUGUAUUAGCCCAAAUAUGCCUCUCCACCACAAACCAAUUUAGGCUUGUGGGUCACAGGUUCCCUUUCAGUAAGCUAAAGCCUACAAGAAAUUAAGAAAGAAGCCCACUCUUGUGGUUCGGUGUGCAGACAACACGUCUUUCAAAAGAGCACUGUGCAGCAAAAAAGCUGGACAACUUGGGGUUGCAUUGUACACGUAGCUGUAGGGAAACUUGCUGUCUCACUCUGAACUUGUCUUGCUGUCUCACACAGUAUAGCAAAGGUUUUGCUGUUGUCGUGAGCGUCUAAUAAUUUCAACUUAGUUCCUGGCUAUUUUUAGCUUACGUUUUUGCAUCUUUUAUGCACAGUACUUUUUCUGACAUCUUGGUUUUUUAUUACUCUCUCUGCAUAUUGCUUUUUUUCUUUUGAAGAGAAGCUGCCUUAUUUAUAUUCAUCUCAUGUGCACAUUAAAUCUUUUCUAAACUGUUAAUCCAUUCCUUCUGUUCUGUUCGUUUGAAAAAAGAAAUUAUGUCUCAAAUCCUCAAGAAGUUGCCUUAUUCUGCAGGAAAGGAUUAUUCAGUCUCCAUCCAGUAUAUAUUUCAGCAGAAUUGUUGCACGUCUAUUCAAAUAUCACUGAUGUGUGGUCUACGUAUAUUAUUGGCCCGAUAUUAACUUGCUUUAAGCCUUCAUAAUGUACGUUGAGUUAAAUAAUAAUAAUCAAUUCAGCAUCUCAAGUUAAAGGUUCACAGGUGCUAUGAACGUCAAUAUUUAUGUUUAUCUUUCCAGAAAAUACCAAAAAUACAGCUUAAACAUCAACAAUAUAGUAAGAACUACAGAAUAAUAAAACUUGAAUAUGUUUGUUUGUUUAUUAGAACCUUUUAUGCAUUGGAUCCUUCCUUUCCCAAGAUGAAUUUGUUAACUCGUACUCAGGAAGGGAAGAAAAGGCAGUUAUACAUGGUUUCCAAGGAAAUCAGGAAUGUACUCCUGAACAACAGUGAAAAGCUGAAGGUUUGACUUGUAUUUCUUGUCUCAGCAAGAAAGUCGAAAUAAACAAUAGUCCCGCAGGUAAAAAGGUAAAGGACCCCUGACAGUUAAGUCCAGUUGAGAACGAGACUGGAGUUGCGGCGCUCAUCUCGCUUUACUGGCCGAGGGAGCCGGUGUUUGUCUGCAGACAGUUUUUCCGGGUCAUGUGGCCAGCAUGACUAAGCCGCUUCUGGCAAAACCAGAGCAGUGCACGGAAACACCGUUUACCUUCCCACUGGAGUGGUACCUAUUUAUCUACUUGCACUCUGUGCUUUUGAAUUGCUAGGUUGGCAGGAGCUGGGACCGAACAACGGGAGCUCACCCCGUCGCGGGGAUUCGAACCGCCGACCUUCCGAUCGGCAAGCCCUAGUCUCUGUGGUUAAACCACAGCACCACCUGCGUCCCAGUCCUGGGGGGUAGGGAUGGUGAUAACCUCUGAUUGCUGGGGAUCAGAAGCUGCAGAAUGCUAUUCACUCCUGUCCUGUCUGUGGGGCUCCCAUGGGCAUCUGUUUGGCCAGUAUGAGAAGAAUGCUGGACCAGUUCGGCCUUUUGUCUGAUGAUCCAUCAUGGCUGCACUUCUCUUUCUGUCUGUCAAAGCUGUCUCCCACCAUGACGUUUAACUUGGUCCCGGUGGAGCACAGUCUUUCCCUAACAGUUCAAGUGUCAGUGAAUAAGCAAACUCAGCAGCUAGCUUCUUUCAAGACCGGAAAUGCCACGUUGACAACCAUAGGAGAAAAGAGUGCUUUAAAAGUGUAAAUUGUGCCUAGAAUGUCCCAUUGCUGAGGAAAAUGAAGAAAGGAAGCAGAUUCCUCUGGUGAGGACAGUCACUUGUUUCCAGUUCCCUUCGUCCUCUUGCUCCCCGCCCCCCAACUUGGGCACCUAAACCUCCAUAAAAGCUCUCAGUUACUGCCCCUUUAUGAAAGGCUGAGGUAAACUCUUCCCAACUUGGGGUCCUUAUUAGGAAUCAAUUAUCCCCUUCUUUGUCUUUCUACAUAUUUUGUGAAAUUCAGAGUAGACCAUGUAAGAUGCCUAUAUUUCCACUCAGUGCCUUUCCCUGUCAAGAAAAAUAGGCUAUGUAUUUUUACCGAUACUGAUGCCUGCCAAGCCACUUCCGAAGCCCUAUUCCAUGUUGGAAUGCUUAAAUAUGUUAAUACUGUUUCUCGCUUUCUUUUCAACCCUGUUUUUAGGUGAUUAACACAGGGAUAAAAGUGUGGUCCCGCAAUAGCGAUGGGGAACAGUUUGGCUGUGCCUUCAGAUUAGCGCAAGAGGUAACAAUGAACGCACUACAGUUAUGCUGUGAAAGUAUUUUAUUUAUGCUAUGCCUUGAAACAAAGAGUCUUUUUGUGGUUAAAGACAAGUUUAUUUCGGUGUUUGCUUUUGCAGCCAACUUCAUUGCAUAAGGUUCAUGACAAUUAAUUGGCAGACCUCUCUCUCAUACCUGUGUAUUUAUAGAGAAAAAAAUUGUGAUCUGUUCAGCUAAGUGGCUGUGAAAUGCAAGGGCUACAGCUUGUGACAAUUCAAAAGUAAAGCUUAAAAUACCAAUAGGAUAAGGGCUUAUAUUUCCCCCUGAGUGUAAGUUGUCCACAGGUGGGAUGUAAGCUGCUUCUAGUACUUAAAGGCAAAAGCACGGUUGCUUCCAAAAAUGGUUUUGGUUUUUGCUUGUUUGCCUUUACUUGGGAGAAGACUCUGGAUCCAACUCUCUUGUGCUUAAAUUUAUUAAUCUGUUGUUGGGUGCACUGUGUAUUUUUGUCCCUUUUGAGGACGGGUUUUCUGUCGUAAAGGUUUUUUUCCUGACAGGCUUAUGAACAUUUCUGUAGUUCCAUUGUAGGUCUCCACAUGUAUAGUAUAGGCUUUCCCUUGUAUUUUUUCCUAUCCCAUAAAAUUGGAACCUGACAAAUGUGCAUUACCUCCCUGAUACUGUUAUACUCAAAGUGCAGGGGCUGAAAAUUUUGGCUAUAUUCUGCUUUCAUAUGUUUUAACAUUCAAUUGACCAGGAAGAGAUUAUCAGUUCAGUGCAAGUUUUCUUUCACAACAAUGAACUGAUUUGGGGGUGGAGGGAGGAAGAAUGAAUUGACUAUUUUUUUAUUUAGAUAUAAUGGUCCAAAAAUAUUUAGAUAUAAUGGUACUAAAAACAUGCAUUUAAAGGGGGUGUUUAUUGGUGCUGGUGGGUUGUUGUGUUGUUGUUGUGUUGGACCAGUAAAAUGACCAAGCCUAUAGUAAGAAAGCAAGGACUGCAUUUUUAAAAUAGGUUUUCUGUUUUACAUCCAGGGGAUAUAUACACUGUAUCCCUUCAUUAAUGCAAGGAUUGUAAAUGCCAGCAUAGAAGAUGUUAAAGUGCUGCUGACAGAAGAAAACCCAUUCUUAAGUAAACUUAGUAAUGAGGUGCGCAAUCAAGUCAAAGCAAUGGGUAAGUAUUCACUUCUGAGGAUUUCCAAUCCUGGUUCAUUCUUUUCUCACAGUGGUAAAAAGCAUCAUGUACAGAAGGAAAUAUACUAAUUAUUAAGCUCUGACUGCUGUUCAGCUUACCUUGAGCUCCAUAGUAAUAGUAGUAAUAGUUACUCCCUAAUAGCAGUAAUAAGGUCCAGGUGCGGAUGACUCUGGGGUUGCGGCGCUUAUCUCGCUUUACUGGCCGAGGGAGCCGGCGUACAGCUUCCGGGUCAUGUGGCCAGCAUGACUAAGCCGCUUCUGGCGAACCAGAGCAGCACACAGAAACGCUGUUUACCUUCCCGCCGGCCGGAGUGGUACCUAUUUAUCUACUUGCACUUUGACGCGCUUUCAAACUGCUAGGUUGGCAGGAGCAGGGACCGAGCAACAGGAGCUCACCCCGUUGCGGGGAUUCAAACCGCCGACCUUCUGAUCGGCAAGUCCUAGGCUCUGUGGUUUAACCCACAGCGCCACCCACGUCCCCUGAGAGUAGUAGUAAUAGUAGUAAUAGUUACUCCCUAAUUUUAACUUUGAAGAACAGAGCUUUCUAAUAAGCAAUUACUUAUCAAUCAACACAGACUGAAUAUCAAGAGUACACAAGCUUCAGGUGUGUAGUAGGACUUAUGCUUGGUCUGGAUCAAGCCCAUUCUAUUUCCUUUAUUUGUACUUUCUUAUGUUUAUGGCCUUUUUGCCAUUAUGGAACCCAUGGCAGUGAUUCCCAAGCAUGUGAUUGGUCACCCAUCCAGCCCCUAACUAGAUCCAGGCCUGCUUAGCUUCAACAAGGUGGUAGCCCUCAGGCACUGACCGAGUGGCCAGCGCAAUCAGCUUCGCUAAGUUAGUUGCACUUAGUUCCCAUUGAAAACAGUGGGACACCAUAGUCCCAUCUUAACUUGAAUCCAACUGGUUGAAUCCAGAUGUUGUCUUUGGCUGGUUCCUCAUUCUGUUCCCAUUAAAUAGAUGGUGGCAUGGGGUGAGAUUGGAGCAGGUCCUGAUGUUGUCUAAUAAAGCAUAUGCUCUUUUUUGCAGCUAUGGGAAGCAUAGUCCUGCAGUAUGAGCCAGAUCCAACGUAAGUAACUGCACUGUUUCAUUGUGUGUGCGCACAUGUGCACAUACAGACGCACUUCUAAGUUUGACUGAUUUCAGGUUAACGUUCCUUCCAUUGAAAUCGGUGGAAAUAAAAGCAUGCAACAAACAGCAGCUGCUUCUGUAUGGCAGCAGCUAACUGCGCUUUGGGGAAACUGAAGCCUUUAUGCCCCUGUCUUCUUAACUCUAAUAAAACCUGUGAAGGCCACAUCUCAGAGCUAUUGUACCUUUAAAGCAGAGCUUUCCACGUGUGUUGCAACACGUUGGUGUGUCGGCUGCAGUGCGUAGGUAGUCUUGCGAACGCUCCCCAUCCCGGGGCUGGAAAGGGGUUAGUGUCAUCUCCAGUUUGCUAAUAAAACUGAAUUACUGUGUUGUGAAAUGAAGAGUUUGGAAAGCUCUGCUUUAAAGGACAGAAGGGAGGACCUGGUCAUCUGCCUCCUCCGUUUUCCCGUUUCUCUAAAGAAUUUUACAAAACCAUCAGCAAACACCUAAAUCUUUUUUUAAAAGUUGAAAUAUAACAGACCAUGUGAUUUCCCAAUGAGGCGUCUAGUAAUUCUGGUUGAUGCUCCCACCACUUAGGAAGGCAAGGAGUAUUUGACCAAACCUUUACAAUGCAGCCUCUUCCUGGAGGCUCUUUCCCAGUUCAUUCCCUGCCUUUACCCAGGGCAGGAGCUCUUUCAUCGCUCUUCUUACUUUCACGUCUGACUUUAGGUAAAGGUAAAGGGACCCCUGACCAUUAGGUCCAGUCGUGGCCGACUCUGGGGUUGUGGCGCUCAUCUCGCUUUAUUGGCCGAGGGAGCCGGCGUACAGCUUCCGGGUCAUGUGGCCAGCAUGACUAAGCCGCUUCUGGCGAACCAGAGUAGCGCACGGAAACACCGUUUACCUUCCCACCAGAGCGGUACCUAUUUAUCUACUUGCACUUUGACGUGCUUUCAAACUGCUAGGUUGGCAGAAGCAACGGGAGCUCACCCCGUCGCGGGGAUUCGAACCGCUGACCUUCUGAUCGGCAAGUCCUAGGCUCUGUGGUUUAACCCACAGCGCCACCCGCGUCCCUCACGUCUGACUUUACCUCUUGGCAGUCUUUUCCUUCGGCUUUCAACUUCCUUAGCUGUUUCCUUCCAUUUAUUUAUUUUCAUCCUCCCCUUUUAGCCUUGAAGGCAAUUAAUUAAAGGAGUAUGCAAGCAGGGGGGAAAACUACAUUUAAAAUAACACACAUUGUACCGGGUCAGGCCACUGGACCAUCUAGCUCUAUAUACCUUGCUCUGACUGGCAGAUGUUCUCCAAGAUCCCAGGGAGAGAGUUUUCCCAUUGUUGUUGCCACAAAUCCUUUUUAACUGGAAGUGCUGAGAUUUUGACCUGUGAUCAUCUCCAUGGCAAAACAUGUGGUCUACCACUGAGCUGUGCCACCGCUCUGAUUAAAGUACUUUAAAAACCAGCCAGCAGUAUUGUUUAAAACUACUAAUACAUCUCAUUGACGUGGCAGCGGAAUUUACUAUUAACCGAGAAAGCAGUAGCCUACAGAAACUGUUUGUGUCACUGAAUUACCGUAUUUUUCGCUCUAAAACACGCACCCGACCAUAACACGCACGUAGUUUUAAGAGGAGGAAAAUCCGUAGGCAUGCCACCCGUAGGCAUUCCCUGCAUAACACACACAGACAUUUCCCCUUACUUUUUAGGAGGAAAAAAGUGAGUAUUAUGGUGCAAAAAAUACGGUAAUUUUCAAUAUACUGUAUGUAUAUUUUUAAUGCUGGUGAUCUCUUGUUUUUGCAGCAAGCCAGAUAGUCUUCAGUGUUCCAUUGUGCUUUGUGGCUGGCUGGGCAAGACUUCCCUUCGUGCCUUCGUGGCCAAGAAUGAGAGGUUGCAUUACCUGAGAAUGAUGGGGGUUGAGGUGUUCAAAGCAAAGAGAAAAGAAGAAGAUGUAGAACGUAAAACAGAAGAAGAAGAUGCAGAAGGUAAAACAGCCAUAGACACCGCAGGGCAGGUGGUGGAAGAAAUGGACUUGGGAUGCAAAGCUAAGGAACACAGUCAGUUACCUGAACAAAUUAAAGAUGAACUGAAUGGGCAACCUGCAAUGGAACCCAUAGAAGCUAAGCUAGUAGAAAGCCUUUCUUCCAGCGUCAAAAAUGAGAGCACCAAAAAUAUAGAAAGCAAAGAUAAUGUUGACCUUAGUGAUAAAAAUGUCUGAUGGGAUAACUUUCAUUGACUAUCCAUGUGCAUUGUUCUAGAUAUUUAUGCUCCGGCUAAGCAUCUGCAAACACAUUUUUAAUAAGGGGGUAUUUCAGGUUUUAUGGGGGGGUGUUGUAUGGGAAUCAUUUUACAAGAGUUUCCUUACGUUUUAUUUUUAAAAUAUAAAUGGUUUUCAUAUUUACUUCUUGUACCGUGUAAGUUCCAUGACGCUUAUAAUUUUGGUGGGUCUGUUGCUGGCAGUGGACUGCACCGCUAAAAUGACAUCUGUCAACAUCAAUAUUAAAUUUACUGCUAAGUGGCUAUAACUUGUAAAAUUGGGUUAUGAAUUUUCUUUGUUACUUGCAGUAGAACCUGUUGAACUCAACUGUCAGCUUUUAUACACACCUUAUAACUUCCUUAUUGUCCCUGCGUACUUGAAAUGUGUUCACAUGAAAAUUGAAAUCAAAGACCAGAUGUUGAGACC